UGACAUUUACUAAAUAUUUAUCAAUUGAAAAAAAAUAAAUAAAUAAACUUGCGCUUUGAAAUCACAGGUCAAAAUCUAGUUUUCGUUUAUAGGGGAUACAUAUCUGAUACCUAAUAAGAUGUUAUUGGAGAUUGGUCUAACUAAUCCACCCUAAGCCCAGUUAUCAUCCAACAAAUUUGAUGGUCAUCUCAAUAAACAACCAGAGUUCGUCCCACUUCUGUAAAACUUGUAUAUAGAUUAUAGUUUCUUUUUAUAGCACUGCCUGAUAACUUGCCACCACGAGAAGAAGUACCACUUCGUGAUGUAAAGUCAGCUUGGCUUUGGCGAAGCCUAUUAGAUGGGGGAAAGCAUAUCAGCAUAUGGGACUGAAGCCAAGUACGUAGCGUAUUAUACCAAGAGUCUUACUUCUUUCAAGGCGGCAAAAUCUAAGUUAGACGGUUUAGUUAGAUCGCUAAAAAAGGAAAUAAUGUAGAAAGGCAAAUCUUUUAAAAGGAAAAAUAGCAUCUGUUAAACCAUUAUAAAAGGAGGGUCACGUUAUUCUAUUUUGUUUCAUUCACACCAUUCAUCAACGCUUUCUGAUCUAUCGAUUUCAAGAUUUCUUCCAAAACUUUCUUUCUUGUUCAUCUUCGGUAGAUAAUGGCGACAAGAACAAGAAUCUUCAGCUUCGUGUUGAUGAUGAUGAUGAGCUUCACGGUUCUCUUGAGUUCCUGCUCGGCGAAGGUCUACAAAGUUGGAGACUCCGAAGGAUGGACUGCCAAGGACGACGUCUACUACGCUUGGGCCGAGUCCGACCAUAAGGAGUUCCACGUGGGAGAUUUUCUCGUCUUCGAAUACAAUCCCAGCAUCAAUGAUGUGACUCAUGUAUCUGGCUCUUUGGAAUACGAGUUUUGCGACUACUCUUCACCUAAAACCGUCUACAACACAGGACACGAUGUCGUAACUCUCACGGAACCAGGCUUUCACUACUUCAUCACCUCCAACCAAACUCAAUGCGUAUUGGGACAGAAGCUCGAAGUUCUUGUCAUCCAUGAUCCCUCCAGUCCGGUUCCACCACCAACACUUAGCAAAAUCCUUCCUGUCGGAAAUACCUACAAGGUAGGAGACUCAAAAGGAUGGACAAACAUUUAUGAUAGUGACUUCUAUAACAAGUGGAGUGAGGAGAAACAGUUUCAUGUUGGAGAUAGUCUUAUCUUCGAGUAUGCCAAUGAAGUUAACGACGUCUAUGAGAUCAGCGGUGAUCUAGAAUUCAUAACAUGCGAUCCAACGUCUCCUGUAGCCGUGCACAAGACGGGACACGAUCUUGUUAGGCUUACGGAACCAGGAGUUCAUUAUUUUAUAACCUCGCAAUCUGGUUAUUGUGAGGCUGGGCUUAAACUUCGAGUGAUGGUGAAACCAGAACCCAAAGCUGUUACUUACCCUAAUUUUCCCAAGAAGGUGGACUUGUCAGCUAUGGAGCGCCUCAACAACUGGUUGAAGAAUUUCAAACACCAGCCCCAUCAUUAAACCCAUUCGUUUGGAUUUGUUGUUUUCUUUCUCUCGUAU